UGAGUACGGAUACACGUUGUCGGAGUGGAGAACGCGGCGCGAGAUCACCAUGUGACGUUCGAUGGAUAUGAACGAUAACGAUGAUGGAAAAAUCAACGAUCGAUCAACCGAGUGAAUUUGAAACUCUGUGAAAGUAUCAGAAUCUGCUUUUAAUUUACAGUUUUCACGGAGAUCGCAUUUGGAGAACAUGAGAUUACCGUAACAGACCAAAGAUGGAGAAUCAAGGUUUCGAGGCGGAACACCCAUCGCGAAGCGAAGGAUCGACGACGAUGCGAGAGCCUUGCCACGACUCGCAAGCAUUUCCUUUCGAGCUCAUCUCCAAUGGUUCCAGCUCGAACGUGGAUGGCCACGUGUACGAGGUGAUCUUGCCCAGCGUAGAAAACACCUCGAAGCAUUCCGGAGUGUCGUCGAUCCGUCAAAACCCCGAGACACCGAACACGAAUCGUCUACGUCUGCCGUUGAACGUAGCCGACUACAUCUCGAAAGAAGCAACGACGAGAUCCUUGGACAGGGAUGAGAUCGCUGGUGCUUUUCGUCGCAACCUGACCUUACCCUUUCGACGAGCCACCGGCCUCGAUCCCUCUGCUACCAGCUCCUCCGUUCGUGUGAACCGGAAGACAAGCGACGAUCGUGAAGAGGAUACGGAAGUCGCUACGUGGAAUGCCGGUCUCGUCGUCUUCUCGGACGAUGCCUUCUCGUUUCGAGAGAUCUCGGCUGUAACGCCGUCGACCGCGCUGCAACCCGAAUGCAGGCCGAACAGAAAACGCAGAAAGAAGGACUGCAAGCACUGUAGGAGCAAAGCAGCCGCGUUCGCUAAUGCCAGAGAGCUGGAAGCUGACGACAGAGAGAACGAAACGGUUCUGAGAAAGAACAGGGACAACGAGCAACGUUUGCAAGUGUUGGACUCAAGCGAGCCGCAAACCAUCCUCGAUACGCGUAAUUUCACCACGCUGGCUGCCUGUUCAGCGAACAGGAAGGUAGACGAGCUGGCGAUAACGGGCAGCAAUACAACCUCGGUGUUCACGAUUUCCGAGAAAGUAGAAGGAUCCCCAGCCAGCACGAUGAAGUUCAUCGAAAGAGAACGGAGCGGUUCCGCGGAGACAAAGGAGGAUAACACGUUGAUCAGGUCGGAAAGAAGCCGGCCCAGCAUGAGGGUAAAUUCUAUAUACUCGCAGGAUCGUUGGUACGCCAAAGGGGCGCCGAUAUUUUUCACCGACGUCAAAGAACACGGUACCUUUCAGAGGGCCUACUCCCUCCCGAUGCGAACGCAAACUCCGUCCUCCCAAAAUCGUAUCAACCUGCGGCGAAGCGUCAGAGGAGAACCACCCCCGCAUCCGGCCAGACUUCGAAAGCACAGGCAUGGCUGGACACUGCAUCUGGCGCAUCCUCUCGAGGCUUCCGGGUGUACCAGAUCUUUGAUCCUUCUGUUGAUCGCGUUGCUGGUACUCGUGGUUAUCGGUGCCGUCGCCCUGUACAUCGCCUUUGAACCCGAGAAACUGGAGAUGAUUCGACAGUACCUGAAAUCGCCGACGAACCACUCGUUAUCAAACGACCAAGUACUGGCCGUUGGAACGUUUCGGAAUCGGUCGAACGGCGAGGAAUGGAACGAUACGUCGACCAUGUCAGCGACGACACCGCAGAAGCCAUCGGCCAUCGGCACCCUCGCUGUGAGUAGUAUCCUUUUAAACGGCGACUCGUCAUUUCCGGAGAGCGGCACUCCGCCAGUGUCGGAAGCGGAAACGGAAGCUACGAGCCCGUACAGCCUCAACUCCACCAGAUACUGCGACGAUUGCCUCCAAGAGGAGGUCUGCGUUGCUCUCGUGGACGAGGAAGUGCCGACUUGCAGGACUGCUCGCGAUCCCGAGGAUCCCACCGGAUGUGCGGGCUUUUGUCUCAUCAACAAACAAAAGUGUCAUCGUCUCGACGUCGACGCCUUUAGGUGCGUCGAGAUGGAGCAUUACUGCUUGGACGACGAGUGGACCUGCCUAAACACCCUGUGCAUCCCUCUGAAGAAACACUGCGAUGGGCAUAUGAAUUGUUACGACCAUUCGGACGAGCAGAAUUGCGUCUGCGAUCUGGAGACGCAUUUUCAGUGCGGUAACGAGACUUCCUGCCUUCCACUGGAGAAGAGAUGCGACGGCAAGAUAGAUUGCUGGGACGCGACCGACGAGAUUAAUUGCACCUUAGGUCGUAAUCUUGGUGGGUCGUGUCCCGCGGAAAACGAGUUUACGUGCAGCAACGGGCAAUGCAUAUUGAAAGCUCGCUUCUGCGACAACCUGCCAGAUUGCCUCGAUGGAUCCGACGAACCUCACGGCUGCCAAGGACGGUGUAAUAAGCACGAAUUCACGUGCCAAAACAGUAGGUGCAUUACGAAGGGAAUGAAGUGCAACGGAGUGGACGAUUGCGGUGACGGAACCGACGAGAGGCAUUGUAAAGACCGAUUCCCUUAACUUUACGUUUACAUCCUCCGACAAUCCUUUCAUAGCGUUACGCCGCGUUACAGUAUUUUUAUUACGGAUUAAUGUAAUUGUACAUUACUUUGUACAUAACUGUGCUGUAUAGACAUGCAGUAGUACGUAAUAAACGAUUUACAAAUGGAAUACUUAAUAUCAGGGUGUAAUUAGGAAACGAUAUAUUUUAUUAUUGUAUCAUACGGCAGAUUACAAAUAUCUGUUAUUCCGAUGAGACAUUGUUUUCAAGUAUUACGAAUAAGAUAUAAUAUUCGUUUACGUACGAUACACUAUUAAAUAGGAGAUCUUUCGUUUUUAAUGUGCAUUUUUCCUCUACUCGUGCGUCGUGUUUUUACACGUAUUAAAAUCGUAUAUACGUAGCUAUA